UCAGCCAGUGCCAGACACCCUAGGGAAUUAGGAGGCAGCAGCUCAGGUCUGCAGCCAUGGUUCCUCUGAAGAAAAACCCAUCAGAGGCACAUUCAAGGCCUUGACCCUGAGCCUGUGCCACCUAGCACCCUGUUGAAGAUGUCACUGCUUGGAAGGGACUCCAGCAGUGAGCUGAACUCCUUGGAUGACAAGUCCAACUCUCCCUCGGGGAGCAACAGCAGCACUGCUCCAGAGAACGGCCACCCCGCUGGGGACGUGGGGCUAUCGAGGAUGCAAACCUUGAUCCACCUGAUGAAAUGCAACAUUGGCACAGGGCUCCUGGGGCUUCCCCUGGCCAUAAAAAAUGCUGGCUUAUUGGUCGGUCCUAUCAGCAUGCUGGCCAUCGGGGUCCUCACAGUGCACUGUAUGGCCAUCCUGGUGAACUGUGCUCAGCAUAUCAGCCAGAGAAUGCAAAAGGCUUUUGUGAACUAUGGAGAGGCCGCCAUGUACAGCCUCGAAACCUGCCCAAACCCCUGGCUGAGGAUGCACGCCGUGUGGGGGAGGUACACUGUCAGCUUCUUACUAAUCAUCACCCAGCUGGGCUUCUGCUGUGUUUAUUUUAUGUUCAUGGCAGAUAAUUUACAACAGAUGGUAGAAGAAGCCCAGGUGACCUCCAACAGCUGCGAACCCAGGAAGAUCCUGCUGCUGACCCCGGUCCUGGACAUUCGUUUCUACAUGCUGACGAUCCUGCCUUUCCUGGUCCUGUUGGUGUUCAUCCAGAACCUCAAGGUGCUGUCCUUCUUCUCGACAUUGGCCAACAUCACCACCCUGGGGAGCAUGGCUCUCAUCUUUGAGUAUAUCAUGCAGGGGAUUCCAUAUCCCAGCAACCUACCUCUGGCGGCAAACUGGAAGACCUUUGUGCUGUUCUUUGGUACAGCCAUCUUCACAUUUGAAGGUGUCGGUAUGGUUCUACCUCUCAAAAACCAAAUGAAGAAUCCACAACAGUUUUCCUUUGUUCUGUACUUGGGAAUGUCACUUGUCAUCAGCCUCUACAUCUGCCUGGGGACACUGGGGUAUAUGAAGUUUGGGUCAGAUACCCAGGCCAGCAUCACCCUCAACUUGCCCAAUUGCUGGUUGUACCAGUCGGUCAAGCUGAUGUACUCCAUUGGCAUCUUCUUCACCUACGCCCUCCAGUUCCAUGUUCCAGCUGAGAUCAUCAUCCCAUUCGCCAUCUCCCAGGUGUCAGAGCAGUGGGCACUGUUUGUAGACCUGUCUGUCCGCACAGGCUUGGUCUGUCUGACCUGUAUCUCAGCCAUCCUCAUCCCACGCCUGGAUCUGGUCAUUUCCCUAGUGGGCUCUGUGAGCAGCAGUGCCCUGGCCCUCAUCAUCCCACCCAUCCUGGAGAUCAUUACCUUUUAUUCUGAAGACAUGAACUGUGUCACCAUUGCCAAGGACAUCAUGAUCAGCAUCCUGGGCCUAUUAGGGUGUAUAUUUGGGACAUACCAAUCGCUCCAUGAUUUGGCCCGGCCCAUCCACCGUUCUGUGGCCAACUCCACAAGGGUCAUGCGUAACUAUUUAUUUUUAUUCUAAUAUCUCUCCCUUCCUCCCACCCC